CUCUGAAAUCUGGUAAGCACACCAAGUCAACAGUCCAGAAGGGUAGAUGUAGUCUUCUCCUUUAAUUCCUUAAUGCGUGCACGGCGCAUUCCCUUGUAUUUGCAUAUGUCUAUGAGCGAUAAAUAAUCAACUGAGCCCAGUUACAGUGGUUACAAGCAAAACAGAGAUCUCUGCACCAUGGGACAGAGCAGCGUCAGUGAGCCAUUGUUGCUCGGCCUGGAAAGCUUUCCCCGGCUCUCCGAUUUGUCUUCCGACGCCGUUGAAGAGAUAUUGUCACUUGAAGCUGUGCCUCUGAGGUGGUGGUCACGGCUGUUCGCUUGGGAGUCCAGACUGCUUUGGCUCCUCUCUGGGUCUUCUAUCAUUGUCUCCAUUUUCAAUUUCAUGCUCAGUUUAGUAACCCAGAUGUUCACUGGUCAUCUCGGUUCCUUGGAACUUGCCGGAGCUUCUAUCGCCAACGUCGGAAUCCAAGGUCUUGCUUAUGGCAUCAUGUUGGGCAUGUCUAGUGCAGUGCAGACUGUGUGUGGCCAAGCUUAUGGAGCGAAGAAGUAUGCCGCCCUUGGUAUCAUUUGCCAGAAAGCCAUAAUUUUGCAUUUGGGAGCUGCUGUGAUUCUCUCCUUUGUUUACUGGUUCUCAGGCCCAAUCCUCCGAGCAAUUGGUCAAUCAGACAGCAUAGCAGACAAUGGCCAAGUCUUCUCACAUGGGCUCCUCCCUCAACUUUAUGCCUUUGCAAUCUACUGUCCCUUGCAGAGGUUCCUCCAAGCCCAGAACAUAGUCAACCCAUUAGCUUGCAUUUCUGUAGGGGUGUUCCUCUUGCACAUCCUGCUUACAUGGCUGGUUCUCUAUGUUUUCAAGUGUGGGCUUCUAGGAGCAUCUCUUACAUUGAGUUUCUCUUGGUGGGUCUUACUUAUAAUAACUGGGCUUUAUGUAGUUUUAAGCCCAUCUUGCAAGAAGACUUGGACUGGGUUCUCUAUGAAGACCUUCAAAGGACUAUGGUCUUAUUUCAAGCUCACAGCUUCCUCUGCUGUCAUGCUGUGCUUGGAGAUAUGGUACAACCAGAGCCUGGUACUUAUAUCAGGCCUCCUCCCUAAUCCCACGGUUGCACUUGACUCUAUUUCUAUAUGCAUGAAUUACCUGAAUUGGGACAUGCAAUUUAUGUUGGGUCUAAGUGCAGCUGCCAGUGUUCGAGUGGGUAAUGAGCUCGGGGCUGCUCACCCAAAGGUCACCAAGUUCUCAGUGAUUGUUGUCAACACAACCAGCAUCUUGAUCAGUUUGGUUUUUAGUGUAAUUGUUCUUGUAUGCCGAACCCCAUUAAGUGAGGCUUUCACUUCUAGCAGUUCAGUUAUUAAGGCGGUUUCCGAAUUGACACCAUUGCUUGCAAUCUCAGUCUUCCUAAAUGGCAUUCAACCCAUACUCUCAGGUGUUGCUAUUGGGAGUGGAUGGCAAGCCCUGGUGGCUUAUGUUAAUUUAAGCACUUACUACAUUAUUGGUCUCCCCGUUGGAUGUGUUCUUGGGUUCAAAACAAGUCUAGGAGCAACUGGGAUUUGGUGGGGGAUGAUAUUAGGAGUUUCUCUACAGACGGUAACCCUUAUCAUUUUAACUGCCAAAACAAAUUGGAUAAAGGAGGUUGAUAAAGCAAUGGAGCGCAUAAAGAAUUCCGCAGAUCAUGAAGAAACUCUAAACUUGGUGGACAACAUUGCAUGAUCAUUCCGUGCUCAUUGGAUUUUCUUUUUGUUGAGAUUGAAGAAAUUUUGUCUCGGCGGCAUAUGACAAUAAAUAGUUUUUCUUUUUUUCUUUGUUUUUUCUACUUCAGCUGCAGAUGAAUGUGUUAGUGCAGUAAACUUUCAGCAUUAAUUUAGAUUUGACAAUUGAGCAUGGAGAAA